UGGCCGGGGAGGGAUUUGUUGUGCUUUGUGUUGUAAGGUUAACGUCAAUGUUGUGUCCUGGAGCUCUAAACUGUAAACGAUUACAGCGUUGAAAGACGCAUUUCACCGUGUACACUUGUUUGCUCAACCCUUGAAGAGGUCAGAGGUCAUGGAAGAGCAGAGUGCUUCACCUGGGGCGAACACUGAUAACGGCAGCCAAAGGAAUGGAGAGGAGAAGCCACGCAGGACCAGCUGGACUAAAGGGAGGAAGAGGAAGAAGCCAAUGAAGGACAGUAACGCGCCCAAAGCCCCGUUAACAGGAUACGUGCGGUUUAUGAACGAUCGGCGGGAGCAGCUGAGGGCCGAGAGACCGGACGUACCCUUCCCAGAGAUCACCAGGAUGCUCGGCAACGAGUGGAGCAAGCUGCCUCCUGAGGAGAAACAGCGCUAUUUGGAUGAGGCAGAGAAAGAUAAGGAGCGUUACAUGAGGGAACUGGAGAAAUAUCAGCAGACAGAAGCCUAUAAGCAUUUCAAAAGGAAGGUGCAGGAGAAGCAGAAGGGGAAGCGACUGCGAGGAGACGUGGGCCGGCAGGCUGCCAGGGAAGCUCUUCAUGAGAAUGACGGAGGUCUGAAGGAUCGCUCGGUGUUUGAUAUUCCCAUCUUUACUGAGGAGUUUCUCAACCACAGUAAAGCACGGGAGGCAGAGCUGCGUCAGUUACGUAAGACCAACAUGGAGUAUGAGGAGCGCAACGCAGCACUGCAGAAACAUGUGGAGAGUAUGCGUAGUGCUGUGGAGCGCCUGGAGGGAGAUGUGCUGCAGGAGCGCACACGCAAUGGCCUGCUGCAACAGCACCUCGACCAACUGCGAUCGGCGCUCACACACAGCUUCUCCAAUGUGCCACUGCCUGGCAGUGGAGAGACCGCCAGUCUGGACUCCAUCGACUCCUACAUGAAGAAGCUCCACAGUAUUGUGAUGUCCAACCCUCAGGAGCACGAGCAGCUCAUUAGCUUGGUGCGGGAUGUGGUUACCUGCCUCGAUAGGUAAUUGAGGAGUCCUGAUAGCUGUGCUGCCAAAUCCCCAAACUCCAUUCUGUUCACGACACCCAUCCCAAUCCAUUUUAUAAGACUUGCUUCACUACACACAAUUAUUCAAACGAUGAUGAUUAUUUAUUUUAUAGUGCCACUUUUAUCACUUGUUUUUUUUACUUAAUAUGGUCAGCAAUUGGUAUUUAUUAACGCCAGCUCUUUUUUUAUUGGGAAGAAAGUAUGUGGAAAAACAUGUGCUUCGAUGAUCUUUAACCCGUGUCACCAUGUUUGUUUGUUUGUUUUUUUUAUUUGAAAGAAAUGUUUUGUCUUGAGAUCUUAUUUCUUUGCAUUAAAAAAAAAAAAAGAAAUGACAUUUUGUAUUUCAUUUAAUCUGGUUUAACUGUAGUUAGUAUAUUUGUGGUUUGCCUCUCGUCUCUGUGCCAGCAUUACGUAAGUGUAUAAAAGCUUAAAUGCUCCAUUGACCAAUAAACUGCAUUUGCAAUAAGAA